AUGGCGAUAUCGAUAUGCACGCGCUUCUCAUUGCGCCAUCUUCCGCUCGCUCUCCUCGUGCUUGCGCUCAUCACGCCCAUCGCCCCGGCGCUUCUGAUUCUCGCCCUGGUCUUCACCGCGUCGCCCGCUGACGGCGACAAGUGCGGCGGAAAUUGCGGACCGUUUGAGAGCGAGCGUGACUCUCUGGAGUACGAAUCGUCGAACAUGAGCAGGAGUCGCUUCAACAACUACCAACCCCACUCUGCAAUCUGGUGCUGA